AAUAAUCGUUUGUCAUCAGCUGAUCGCUUGCAAGUGAUUCAAAUUUUUACGCAAGAUGACGCAUAUUUUUGUAAACAGUUUUUAGAAUCUAAUUAGUAAUGGAAACCGUACCUGUUGUGUUGCUUUGAUGACAUGUUGAUCUUAGUGGGGAAUCUUAACAGUCUACGAAGCGUAUAUAUGUUAUUGACAGUUGUACUCCUGUACAUAGAACAAAUGUGAGAUGUGCGAUAUACAGAAAUUGGUGAAUUUAUUGCGCGAGAAUGUUGAUGCUAUCAGCAGUGGACAUAGUUUAUUGGUUCUCACAGUUCCAGUGCUACAAAAAUUGAAUGAGUCGUUUGUUCUUAUAAACGAACAGGCACCAAAUUCCAAGGAUGCUGCGGUCCAGGUGCCGGCAGACGCCAUCGUGGAGCAGCGGCUGCUGGACGACCUCGCCUUCCUGCUGCGGCUCGUGCGGAGGACUCCGGGCCUGCGUCUCGUCAGCAGCGGCGCCUGCCAUCCGGGGGAGGAGCCGCGGUCGGCGGCCGUCAGCGUCGAGCACUUCCACUCUCUGCGACACCUCGUCUUGCACAAGGUGCGGCUGUGCGACGUGCGCGGCCUGUCGACGCUGGCGCCCCGGCUGACUUCCCUGUGCUGCGACAGCGACCCGCAGCAACUGCUCGCCGGCGCGGGGAGCUGGCCGCAGCUGCGGACGGCGACGUUCUGCCGCGCCGGCGUGUCCGCCGUCCCCGCGCAGCUGGCUGCGGCCGCUCUGGUGCUCGCCGUCCUCGACCUCGGCCACAACCGACUGUCCGAUACUGCGGGUGCAGAUUUCUCCGCCUUCCGGUCGCUGAGCCGCCUCGGCCUGGCGUACAAUGCGUUCGAAGCCGUCCCGUCCGAGCUGCCGCCUAGUCUCACCGCCCUCGGCCUGGCCUGCAACUAUGUCGAUACUAUUGAUGGUGUGUCGCGGCUGGAGUCCCUGGUGGAGCUGGACCUGUCGGGCAACUGCCUAGCGGCGCACAGCUGCCUGGCACCGCUGUCUUGGCUGCCCGCACUGCGCCGGCUCGACCUGCGCGGCAACCCGCUGGCCUUCCACCCACGCCACCGCGUCCUCGCUGCCGCCGAGCUGCACUCCGCCGCCCUCACCUGCGAGUUCGUGCUGGAUGGGCAGCACCUGUCGCAGUCGGAGCGUGCGGUGGGUCUGUCGGGGAAGCGAGAGGGUCGAAGUGGCGGCCGGACGAGUUCGGCGAGUGCCGAGCGGGAGCCACCGCCUCCCGUGCCGGCAGGGAGGCUGCCGCCGCCGCCUGAGGACUCCCUGUCCACCGCCAGCUCUACCGCCUCGGACAAGACCCUCGUCGCCGACGGCACGACGCCAGGAAGGAGACAGUCGACGGCAGGCGGCGACGGCAGCAGGACUGCACCCAUGAGGAAGUCGCGUCACGUGCGGAAGGCCGUCAUAUCGGACCUGGAGGCUGCGGACCCCACAGAUGACGGUUCCCUGACAGGCAGCGUCACGUCCAUCCGCAGCUCACCACCCGAUUCGAACGCGGAGCACCUGGAGACGAAGCGCAGGGUGGAGAGCCUGCGGCAGAUGUUCGGCCACGACAACUGGCUGCACAGCCAGGGUGGGACGUUCCUGCAGGACGUGCUCGGCCUGCCGCCCACCGCCACCACUGCGUCCGCCCUGCUCGGUGGGACCGCACCCGAACCCGAACCCGAACCCGCGGCCGCCCCGGCCGGCCCUGCGGUUGUCGACUCUGCUGUUGCAGAGGUAGACAGUGUGGAAGUGGUUAAGGAAGGAAACAGCAACACAUUUGAUGACUCGUGUGAACACACUCUCUCAUCGGAAGAAGAGAACGGACAGCGAGAAGAGGAAGAAAUAAUUCCACCGGCAGAUGACGAGGAGGAAGCAGACGAGAGUGAGCAGCAGCUGUACUCAGUGCGCCGGCUGCUCUCGGCAGUGGGGAAGCAGCAGCAGAUGCAGCAGCAGGAACUCUUCCUGGCCGUCACAGACAGGCAGCUGAAGGAGCGUGACACGGCAACCGGUCGGCUGCUCUGCCGCUGGCAGUUGGAGGCCCUGCAGAGCUGCGAGCUGCUGUCUGUGGAGCCGGCCCGCAUCCGCGUCACGUUCGACACCAUCAAGCCGGAUCGCCGCGAGAGGACUUACUUCGUGGAAGACGCCAAAGAUGCUCAGCACCUGCUGCAAACACUGAGGGCCAUCCUGGACGAGAGGCCGCUGCAGGCGAACAACCUGAGCGUCUUCCGCUGCAUGAAGUGCUCAUCGCAGUUCUCUGAGGAAGUAGAGUCUCCCCUGGUUCCCGAUCCCCGGCUGGACGGGACCCUCCGGUGCCCAAACUGCGGCAGCGCGGUCGUGGUGCAGGCCGAGGAGGACCCGCAGCCCGACCCGCAGCCACUGCCGCGGCCGACCGGAGCUGCACCACCGUCCCGCAGGCGGGCCGACACCCGCGCUGCCGUCUCCGCCGCCGCACCGGCCCCAGAGGACCCUCCCCUGGCCUACUCUCCCUCGCAGUCCAGCAUAGUACCGAGCGCUGACCACUCGACCCUCGCAGGUUCGGCGGCCUCACUGGACGCGCUGGGGGAGCCGUCUGCGAGUGCAGCGCCUUCGGGCAGCGGCAGCGGGGGUCCGCGGCGCUGUGAGAGCGACAUCGAGAUCAUCAGCAACCCCAGCCAGAGCAGCAUUGAAGUCCUGGACGGCAGCGGAGCCAGGACACCCGGCAGGAAGCGGUCCUCGGAGGAGCGGCAGGUGGCACCCCACGGGUUCCCGGUGGUGGCGGGCCCACAGGUCGCGGCGCCUCCGCUGCUGCCGACCCUCCCGCCACCGAUGACGGAGAGCAGCAGCUCGGAUUCGCUGACUGACAGUGUGUGCACGGCUUACGAGGGCCGCGCCCCCGCCUCUGCACCCGCCCCCGCUGCCGCUGCCGCUGCCGCUGCCGCCCUCACUGCGUCUCUACAGGCUACUGGGCCCGGACCUCAGGUGGCAGAGCCCGCGGCCAGCCCUCCAGGUGCGCCGCGGCGAGCGGCGCCACGGCCGGACGCGACACCCCGGCCUGGCGUCCCGCUGUCGGACGUGCCGCAGUAUUCGUACGUGGACUUCGGCUGGGCAGACCACCGCAUCAAACUGCACCUUUACGUCAGCGUCUUCCAGCAUCGGGACGAGGAGCUCACUACACUCGUCAAGGGUCACGUGCUCUGCAAGAACUUGACACAACCGAAACCUGCACUCGUGGUCCUAUCAACGCACAAGGUCUACCUUCUCUACAUUACGAGACAGGAGAGUGACGAGCCGCGGCGGUGGCUGGUGCCAGCAGACGCGUGGCCGCUGCGGCAGCUGCGGGAGGUGCGGGUGCUGCCCUGGGGGCAGGGCGUGUCGCUGCUGCUCUCCCCCACUGGCUCGACACCGGCUGCGGCGGCGCUGCUUCUACUGCUGUACGACGCGGACCACACCUCGGCCCUCUUCGCCCACUUGGCAGGGCUCAGUCUCGGGGACGGGUGCCGUGUGGAGGGGGAGCCGCUGGAGCAGCACACGGAUGCGGUGAGGCGCCUCGCAGCGACUCCGGACCGUCCGGACGAUAACGUCCGUGUGGCGGCAUUCUUCGUGGCAGCCAGUGUCGUCACCGACUCCGGGACCGUCAGCCUGGGCUCGGGGAUGCUGGCGAUCGGCGAGUCGGCGCUAUCACUGUCGACCGACUCGCUGCUCUGGCUGCUGCCAUCCUCCGGGAAGCUGCCCGAGCUCUGGGCGGCACAGAGCAUCAGCAACCUAGUGGAAGUGGAAGUGGACGGGGAGACAGUUACACCGGUCUUCCUGGACGAGUCGUCCGGCACUGCACGAGAGACCCGCUGGGUGCUCCGGAUGGGCAGUGCGGCCGUCGUGUCGGCCCUCCUGGACGCGUUGCGGCCGCCGUGGGAGCAACUGUUCUCACUGCCCCUCCAGGUCUCUCUGUCUGGGCAGUCCAGAUAACACAGCUGACAAUGUCCACAGGACUGCUCACGUAUCUGUGUGUGUAUGAGUGUAAGCAUUGAGCAAUACUCUCUAAUCUUCCAUGUGCUGCCUGCCAGUCUCUCUCAGAUCUUCCAUGUAUCAUUUUGUUAAAUGUGUAGUACGUGCAGAGGAUGUGUGUGUGUGUGUGUGUGUGUGUGUGUGUUUGAGAGGGAGUUUUUUUAAGACAAAGUAGUGAGAUAACCACAAAACAGGUGCAGCUUUUGUUUGGAAGUUCUGUGUUAACAGGUCCAAGUCCAAUGUUGUUAUAUCUUCUAUACCCUUAAUAUAUAUCAUUACGGCUGGAAUGUGUCAUUCUGCAUCAAGUGUGCAAGCGGAAAGGGGACUUGUGCGCUCCAGGGACAUCGGUGCGCUACCUGUGCCACGGAUGAAAGGAACAAAAGAGUAGAAUAAAAUUACUCAAAAGGCUGCUGGCUGAAAACCUCUUCUCAUUUAGUGGGCAGCUAUUCUGCUACCUUUGGUUGUCAUAUUUUAAUUGCAUCUUGUUUCACAGAGAGCCUUUCUCAUUAGUACAUACUCCCCUGUCCUGGUUUCCCUCUUAUUGUAUUAGGAGGAUUUAAGAUUUUUUUUUCUUCCCCCCCCUCCCCCCCCCCCCCUCUCUCUCUCUCUCUCUCUCUCUCUCUCUCUCUCUCUCUCUCUCUCUCUCUCUCUCUCUCUCCUGCAACAGGCAGUGAGUACUAAAGGAAGUAAUAACAGUAUGGCUGUCCCACUGCGUUGCACCUAUCCAGAUGACUUAACCCUUGUCCACGUCGUGUCUGAGUAUAAACGUCGUUUUCCUAAACUUUCCUUUUCACCAAGUAAACCCAUAAACUUAAACAUUUUAGGUAGUGCUGCACUGCAGUUGCUUACAUCAUGUCAUUAAAUGUUUUCACAGAUGUAACGAGGCUCAGCAUCCUGUAACGUUCAGCCAUUUGCGUAACACUUGUGAAAUUUCUUGAAAGAACAAGUUCCUGCUUCCAGUGAUCUAUUUUGCUGCUUCUUUCAUUGCUUAUAGAUGACGUUUUUUUCAUUACAACAAAGUCUUGGUGUCUCUUUGCUCUCAAGUGCUGUUUUUCUGUGCCUUAUUCUCCGUGUCUCUCGGGGUCGACUCCCUUCGCAGUCUUGUUACACCACUCUGAAUGUAUUUGCAUCAUUUUGGGGUGCAGUCUCGUCAUUACCAGGUCGUUCUAUUCUGCAGGUACCUGGGAACUCUCUCCUUUUUUAACAGGUGCCGUCUUGUUUUAGUACGACACACUCCGUCCUAGUGUAGGCAGUCCUGUCAAAGCUUUCCCACUGUUGACGUGAAAGUUUUCUGAAUACGGUACCACGUCACAGUGUAAGAAACUAUACUGGAGAACCUGACAUUUUGCCCACGGUUACAGUGGCCUCCUUCUAGGACUACAGUCGAGAAGACGGCCACUGGCGUCACCAAAACGUCGGCUUCUCCGGUGUAGUUUCUGACACUGUGACGUGGUACCGUAUUGUGUCACAACCAACACUGGCUGCAGAACCCUAUGCAAUUAUAAUUUUGCUAUUUUUGCUGCCUUCAGUGAACUUCUUACAUGCUGUUUUAUACUAUAUCUCCAUACUGUCAUAGCACCCUUACCUGCAGCCCGUAGCUUCUGUUCGUCCGAUUUGUGCACGGCCCAACAAUGUGAACCACGUGUCAGAGAUGGUAUCGUCGAUCAUUUUUACAUAUUUCCCUCGACUCGGAUCGGCAUUUUUGCGUCGAAGACCACUCCUUUUAAUGACCUCCAUUUUGACUACCUGGUGUUUAUACCAUUUUUGAUGUCUCUAUCUGUGGAAGCUGUAGAUGUUAUUACUGACUCGAGGUACCCGAAGUUACCUGUCGCUGUUAUGAGGGCACUGUGUAGAUGUAGCUGCAGUUGAGAGUCGGUAGCAGUCCUCGAGAAGUUGCAGUACAUGUACUCCCCUUUGGCUGUACUCACUCAUAAGUCUUCUAGGUUACAGACCUGUCCACCGAGCAUUAAUAUUUUCUCAAAUUUCUGGUAGAGAUUCUGCUAUUAGAACUACGUGAGCAUACAAAAGUGUCCAUGGAGUCAGUUUCUGAAGAAGUUCUGUAACACAGUUCCUGACCGGAUUGAACAUUUUUAAGCAGGUCCGUAGUGAAUCCUGUCUUCUACCUGGAGUUAUUCACUGACACAUCUAGAGCUUACAACUUUUACCAUUAUUUUCUAUCAUGUGUCCUUGAGAAUAUUGACCCAGUAUUCUGAGAUAAAUGUUUUCUGUAUUUAUUUAAUACAAUUCUACACUACAAAUUCUUCUUCUCAUUCAGGUUUCAUAUUUGUUUAACAGAAUUUUGGCUUCUCGUUCAGUUGCAUCUUUUCUACAGUUACCCGUGGCUCCUGUGGUUUUAAUCGCACUGAAGUCUGCUGUCUGUAGCUGUAACAUUUUUUACACCAGAUAGCACAUAUGUCUACCUACCCUUUGUAUAUACAUACUAAAGCAAAAUGUGCACCACUAAAAUUCAUUAAAGUAAUUUUAAAUAGUUUAUUGUGCUAAUCCCUAUCCUCACACUACUUAAUCCUCUUCUUUCAAGAUGCAGUGAAAUUGUGCGCUAAAACUCAUCUUCUUUUUCCACUUUUAGGUGCAUGAGACUGUCUUGACAGGAUGCAUGGAUAAUAUCCUAUCCAGCACUUCUUUGGUUUCUGUUGCACAAAUUUACCAGUCUGAUAUUCAUUUGUCACCAUCAGUUACAGUUAAAUAGCCUCACCACAAAUGUUUCUUCGCCUUCUUCUUCUCCUUCCUCUCUCUCUCUCUCUCUCUCUCUCUCUCUCUCUCUCUCUCUCUCUCUCAUCACUACAAAUUCCUCUCCUGUGCCAACCUCUUUAUAUCAGAGUACCACUGGCAACCUAUGCCCUCACUUAUUUACUGGAUGUAUUCCAAUCUCUGUCUUCCUCUACAGAUUUUACUCUCUACAGUUCCCUCUAGUACAACGGAAGUUAUUCCCUGAUGUCUUAAAAGACGUCCUGUCAUUCUGUUUCUUCUUCUCAGUAUUUUCCAUAUAUACCUUUCCUCGCCAAUUCUGAGGAGAACCUCCUUAUUUUUACCUUACAUUCCACCUAAUUUUCAACAUUCUUCUGUGACAGCACAUCUCAAAUACUUCUGUUCUCUUCUGUUCCAGUUUUCCCACAGCCCAUGUCUCACUGCCAUACUAUGCUGAGCUCUAAAAGUACAUUCUCAGAAAUAUCUCCCUCAAAUUAAGCCUAUAGUUCAAAAAAUGAGUGCAGCUGGAAGUGUGAGCCAGCUUUACUUGUCUUAACUGCUACUGAUUUUUGUUGUGGAUGGGUCGGACCUUUUCCGCAGCCUCUGUGUGUGGAACGUGAGGAAGGAAGUGACCAGACUCAGCCAAUUCAGAAUUCCACAGCAAAGUUAAAAAAUUAAUGGUGACCCGCAAUGCAACCACUACUGAGUAGAGGAAACAUAAAACUACCCAAUAAUAAUAAUAAUAAUACUCUUUUCUUCACCUCCACAAAGGUCGGGUUCUGGGUUCACUGCAGAAAAAUCUCUUUCUCUAUAACAACUACUGCAUGCACUCUUUUCUUAGAGCAUGACAAGUUUGGAGAUUUAUAAUUUCAUUUCCUGAGUACUAUGUAAGUUUACAAAAGCACAUAUUGAGACACAAUUGGUGACAUAAAUUGUCACUGCAAAUAUUCACACACAUUUACAGUGGCCGAAGGAAUACAGCAAAUGUUCGAUAGCAAAUCGACUACGGAGACACCUCUACUGGAAACGUAGGAUAUCGUCCCACAAUAAAUUUGUGAUGGUGGAUGUUCUGUAAAUUUAUUGACUAUGUAUGUUAUACAGGUGUUGGGUAAACAAAUUUUUGGACAAAACUGUAAAUUCCAUUUCUCGUUGUGCGGGAGCACUCGAAAACAAAAUUACUGAUUGAAUUGGUGUAGCGGUAAGAUGACAGACUCGCACUUGACAGAGUGACAGUUCAAAUCACUGUCAAGUCAUCCAAAGAUAUGUUUCUACAGUUCCCGUGAAUCAUUUAAUGUGUAUACCAGGACAGUAACUCAGAAAAUGAUUCGGCCGACAUACACUCUGUGUCGAAUCCUAAUUUUUUUUCGUUCGAAAAGGAUUUUAUAUGUUUCUAAACUGGAUAUGAUUUAAAAAAAUGUAGCUCCUGUGUGGCGGACAUCUUGCCUGAGAAGAAGGUAUUAAAAUAUGACAAUUUCUUGGGAUUUCUGUUUCUGUACAGGAUUGACAGGACCGUAAGUGGAAAUGUUGCCGAAUCUCUCCCGAGCUGUCAGGUGCGCACUGCAUUGGAGCCCACAAUCCGGAACCUCUAAUUAGUCCAGGAAUGAAAUGAAUCUCACUACGACUGUCACUGUGCAGCUAGUUCUCCCGUAUGCUCGGAGUGCCAUUUUGUGAUAGUCUUAUAAACAUAUCAAUGUGGAGUGCAAUUUUGUUAGUAUCUUUAAUACACUUUGUUCUUCCAAAGACUAUAACAAUAUAUUUUUUGCCGUCUUAAUAAUACAAAUGUGGUACAGUUUUUGAGAAUCAAAACUAUAAUAUAAGAUUUCUUUUUCCAUUUUUUUUAAAGUUUAUUGUUAUUUCAAGUUUUAUAUAUAUUUAUGUAUAUGCUGUUACAUUGAAGCCACAUUAUGUUGUUGUUAAGCAUGAAGGAUAUUAUUAAACUGAACUGACAUAAAAUGUGUC